AUGGUGAGGACAUCCCUUAUAGAGCACCGGACGGGCCGGCGUGUCGUUGCCGCGCCAGAUCGUGGGUCGCUUCAGGUUUGUAUUGUCUUCAAUAUAGCGCUUUCAGCAACCAUUGCUGCGAUGAUGACAUCUCCUCUUUCGGUGGCCAGCAUGACAUCCCCUCUCUUAACUUGGGACGGCAACAAGGUUACGUGCCAUCCAGAAAAAGGCGAUGUUGAUGAUUGGAUAGGCCUCGUUCCUCAGCAAAAUGAAGUUACCUUCGCUUGCGAAGGAAAAGGCGUUACUCCGGUCCCUAAAAAUCUUGUCAAUUCAAAGAGCCGUGAGGUUUGUGCGCAGGGGAUGUCGGCAAAUGCUUGUGAGAAAGACCCGCGUCCACUGUCCGAAAUUUUAAAGGGUGCACAGAACGACUGGCUCAACGGAGAAGAUCUCUCCAGAGGGAUCACGUUCAGAGUUCCGAAGAACAACUUCCCGGGUUUACCAAGAAUUUUUCGCAUUGGUUGUAGAACCAGAAGCAACAUUUGCAUGAUCAGUCUGCAUAUUUACGCGAAGUCAGCGUACACGAGUGGCCAGGUGACUGAAUGCGCCUACGAAUCUAACGUAAGUCUGCCACCAGUCAGAAUAACUCCGGCAACCAACCAUGCCACCAUCGUAUGCGGACCAUACGGUGGAAUUUCCCCGUUGGACUACAAAAAGGAGUUUUGCACUGGAGAGCCGCACACCUCAUGCGGCCGACAAAAGUACGCUGAUGUGCUGCCGAGAUACACUGACGCAUGGUGGAAUGGUGACCCUUCGACAGCCGAGGGUGCAACGCUGACUGUCCCAAACGGCCACUUUCCAAAAGAAACACAGACGCUCAAGUUCAUGUGCCUUGAACGACUCGACACCCAACCCAGGCGCUGUGUGGUGACUGUAGAAAUAGCUGCAGGCGUGAGCGGCAGCAAGCCUUCAGGUGGAGAGUCGAUUCCACCGCAGGCACCCGGAACUGAGGGUUCGCGCAAGGAAGCCCCUAAUACGAACAAUUCUGGGGGUACUCCUACUGGUGGUGGCAGCGAUGAUGACACCACAGCGCCAGGUACCGGUUCCAGCGGCACGGAUUCUCGUGGAGAUUUAGGGGACGGACGUGAUCAAGAUGCGAAGGGUGGCAUGUCGCGUGGUAACUCAGAAUCUGGUUCGAAUGGAGGUGCAACACAGCCCUCGCGCUUGCUUGGGCUACCUUCUGCCGUGAUAGGAACUCUGGCUGCAGCUAUGUUUGGUGCCGUCUAA